UGAAAGAGAAGAGAAAAAGGUUGAGGGAAGGGGAAAAGAUGGGAACGAGAGAGAAAGAUAGAGAUCUAGAACGCCUUAUACCGUUGCCUGUGGGAAGCUUAUCAAUCUCAGAAAAUGGAUGUUCCAAAUCUUCUUCUCCUUCUGAUUCUCCUCCCGCCGCUGUAUCCGCCGCCUCCCUCUCGCAUCACUCCGGCAAGGAGGCAUUUUGCAAAGUGAUUCGUAGUUGGGCUUCGAAAAAGUUCAUGACAGGAUGUGUCAUCUUACUUCCCAUAGCCAUCACAUUCUAUACCACUUGGUGGUUCAUUCAUUUCGUCGAUGGAUUCUUCUCCCCGAUCUAUUCUCAUCUGGGAAUAACAACUUUUGGACUUGGUUUUAUAACCUCAAUUACUUUCAUUUUCUUGGUUGGAGUAUUCAUGUCGUCGUGGUUGGGCGCCUCUCUUCUUGGAUUGGGAGAAUGGCUUAUAAGAAAAAUGCCGAUUAUGAGCUAUAUCUAUGCUGCUUCAAAACAAAUUAGUGCAGCAAUUUCUCCAGACGAGAAUUCUCAUGCCUUCAAGGAAGUAGCCAUUGUAAAGCACCCUCGUAUCGGAGAAUAUGCACUUGGCUUCAUUACAUCUACCGUUAUUCUCCGUAAAAAUUCAGGUGCUGAGGAGCUCUGUUGUGUCUAUUUGCCCACCAACCACCUUUAUCUUGGAGAUAUAUUCCUCAUUAAUUCAAAGGAUAUCAUGAGGCCUAAUCUCUCUGUUCGAGAAGGCAUAGAGAUUGUAAUUUCUGGAGGCAUGUCAAUUCCGAAGAUUUUGACUAUUGUAGAUGCACCAUCCCUACUUUCUCCAAGAGUUGGGAAAUUUGCAAUACCGCAACAUUAGCUAACGAGAUCUAUAAAUGUUGACAGUCUAAACUCCCAACAUCUCGACCAUUGAGUCGAAUUUAUAGGAUUGUUAGAACUUUUAAGUUGCAUACUAGAAAAGCUUGGAGUACUGGUCUUCAAUUCAUAGAGAUCUUUUCUUCAAGUCCAGGUAUUUUGAUAUGUUUGUCUUUGUAGUUUUUCAAAAUUAUUCAGUUAAGGCUGUUAGCUAGUUGUCUCAAUUGCUAGCUCAAAUUUUGUGCUUAAAAAGAUAUUUAGACCAUGAAAUGAUUACCACAUGAUGCAAUAAGAAUUGUAUGAUGCAGCAUAGGAUAGGCCCCUAUGCUAUAUUGCCAGG